AAUGGAAUAGAUCUACUUGUGCUCUAUGGGAAAGGAGCUAAAAAUAGCCUCUGUGGGUCUCUCAGGGCUCCUCAUUCUAUGACAGUGACUUGCAGGCACCAGAUUGUAUGCAGGGCUGUGCAACACAGGACCCCCCCUCUACACCGCCAAUCCCACCCAGACCUAGGAGAUCACAGGGGGGGCACCAACAUUCACCGCUCUAUUCUCCUAGGGGGGCACCAACAUUCACCGCUCUAUUCUCCUAGGGGGGCACCAACAUUCACCGCUCUAUUCUCCUAGGGGGGCACCAACAUUCACCGCUUUAUUCUCCCAUCACCUUCCCCAGACAUGAAUUUACUCUGGGAAUAUUAUAUAAGGAGCAAUUGUCACCCUGAAACAUCUGGUGUCAGGAACAAGCAAGCCUUCCGCCCAAGCUUCCCUGUACAAGGGGCACCAACCUGCCAGAAAGAAUACCAGCUUGUAGAAUGUGCAAUUCCGACACACCAUAACAUUCCCGCUUCAGCUUAGCAGAUAAUUUAUCUGUUCUGGACCAACUUUACCAAUGAGAGACUCUACAAUGUUGCAUACCGAGGGCAGUGCCUUACUGAAGGCUGUCUGGCAGGGUAAAUUUAGACUGACCCGCCUUUUGCUGGAAGGAGGUGCUUAUAUUAAUGAAGGCAAUGCCCAGGGUGAAACCCCUUUGAUGGCAGCCUGCUUAGCCAAAUACGAUGACCCCCAAAACAAAUCUCGGAUGGUGAAAUACCUUCUGGAAAAUGGGGCUGAUCCUAAUAUGCCAGACAAGAUGGGUAAGACAGCUUUAAUGCAUGCUUGCAGCAAUCACACCGGGGCAAGCGUUGUGUCUGUGCUGCUGGAACAUGGCUCAGACCCAAGUCUGAAAGACUAUUCAGGCACAUCAGCCCUCAUGUAUGCACUUAACAAGGGCGACCGAGAAACCUUAAGGGUCCUCCUGGAUGCCUGCAAGGCCAGAGGAAAAGAGGUCAUCAUUAUUACCACGGACACUUCUCCUUCUGGUACUAAAAAAACAAAGCAGUAUCUAAACUCACCUCCCUCACCUGGAGUAGAUGAAAAGAUAUCACCAUCUGUAUGUAUGUCACCUUCAGACAUUGAUUUAAAAACAUCGCUUUCUCCGGCCAGCGAGAAAGAAGAAGCACGGGAUGUUUUCAACUUUAACAUGGGUACCAGGCUUACCUGUCCUACAUCUAGGCAAUUAGAGAUCAAAACUUCUGACCAUAUACCAACAAAAGGCAGGAUGGUUAACAAGAAGCAAUUAAAAAGGCUAAAUUCUGAACCUUGGGGUUUGGUGGCCCCAUCUGUCCUGGCUGCUUCUCAACUUGCUGUACCUCAAGAAAAACCCUCAGCAGAAGAAUUUGAGGAGAGGAUUAUUGCAGAGGUAAAUAAUCUGUCCAUUAACAAAAGACCUGUGCUUUCUAGGCGUCAUAGCAUAGAGGGACAAGACCCAUCUUGUUUUAAGAGUGAGCAGUCUUCUGAGGAAGAUCCCUCUGGACCAGACUCUUCAUGGGCGGACAAAGUUCAAUUUAGCCACCUACACCAGCCACUCUCAAGGCGCAACACGGCACCUGAGACUCAGGAAACAUCUAAUGUCACUUUGGCUCCAACGAUUGGAACUAAUUUACGUGGGGUUCCUCAUCAUAAGUUGACACGUAUGGAACAUUAUGAAUCAGAUUCCCAUCUUUGCCCUGAUUCUAUUCCAGGUUCUCCAGACUCUGGGCGGGUUUCCUUGGAGAGGAGGAAAUACAAUGCUUCUCCUUUAACACUUUUCACCAGUUCCUCCCGAGAAUCGUUAGAGAGUAUUCCCAGCGCUGUCUCCCCAAUGACUGUUCGUAGAAGGACUCCAGGUCUCCUGGAAAGACGGGGAUCUGGGACUCUUCUUUUGGAUCACAUAUCUCAUACUAGACCAGGCUUCUUACCACCGCUAAAUGUCAACCUCAACCCUCCAAUCCCAGACAUCCGAUCUAAUGGCAAAGCUCCUUCACCAGUGCAUAGCAGCCAGAAGACAUUGGUUCCCGUGGCCCCAAGCUCUCCAAAACACUUUGAUGCCAAAGCAAAAAAGAAACUUAUUAGAAGGCAUUCUAUGCAAACUGAACAGAUCAAACAGCUUGCCAGUUUCCAGAACCUAUUCCCUCAAAAUGAAUCAUCCAAUUAAAGGGUUACUUAAUGUAAAAAUAAUACUUAAUGAAAAAAAAAAA